UCGCCCGUAUCGGGAAAUCAUUAUCGAUAAGAGAUACUGCACCAGCCACAUUUCCCCCAAACUGUGGCUUGUGCAUAUCUGUACACUUUCAAUCGUCAGUCCAGUCAGCCUCGCCGGCAUUGCCUCGUAACCCAACAGAAAGGGGUCUUUUCAAUUUCUCCCCGGCCGUUUCUUUCCCUUUUCCUUUUGUUAUACCCUUCCUGUCGAUUAUAUUGGAUAGACGAAUAUGCACUCCUCACUCAACCGCGCCCAAGGCGUCUUCGGUUUCUUUACUACCGUGGCUUUAUUCGUCGCUGGAGUUGCUGCUCUCAGUGUUCUGUUUUUUCCGGCUGAUAAUGUGAUGUCGAAGGUUGAAGUUAAAAAUGUUCAGGUGGUCAAAGGACGCCCGCAUUACUACUCGAGUAAAAAGGAGGAGUAUGCACAGAUGCGGUUUGAUUUGGAUGCUGAUCUCACUCCCCUCUUCAACUGGAACACAAAACAGCUCUUCGUCUACGUUUACGCCUCCUACUCCUCCUCCGAGAAGCCCUCCUCCUCCUUAAACCCGCUCUCCGAGUCCAUCAUCUGGGAUACCAUCAUCGAAGCCCCCGAAUCCCCGUACUCGUUUAACGCACUGCGCGAGCGAUUCUUCCCUUCCUCGUCUAUGACUAAGCGCAAGAGCACCGGUCUGAGCAAGAAUAAGAAUAAGAAAAAGGAUUCAGCGGAGCCGGGUGUGCUGCGACUGCGCGGGCAGAAGUCCAAAUACCAGAUUGGGGAUAUCACGGGCAAGUUGGCAGAAAGGGAGGGUGUGACACUUUCUGUGGGGUGGAAUGUGCAGCCUUGGGUUGGGGCGUUGUGGUGGAGUCCGCAGUCUGGAUCUGUUCCCCGGACUGGGGGUGCGGCGGGUGUUAGCAAGCCGUUUGAUUUCCCGCAGGUGAAGGGGAGUAAUAGGGCUAGUACGGCUGCUGCGCAAGGGGAGGCUCAGAAAUCGGCGGCUUAGAAUUGGGAGACAUGGUAGUUGAUGAAUUCACGGAGUUUUGGGUCUAAAAAUAUCCACGCUGCUAUGCCAAUGCCAUAAAAAUAAGGAGAGGUUGAACAGGACGAGUGCGAAUAAAGAAUAGCCAGGCGCAACCAAAACCAUCAAAGCUCAUGUCCAUUUUCCGUGUCCAUCACUACCAUGCGCUUGUGCUAUAUAAUCCUAAUUCAAACAGUGCCGUAGCUCCUUUGGGCUUGAUUAUGGCGCUCACCAUGUUGGAUACGGCUCGAAUACACACCAGGCGCAUCUCCCCGGGGCGCAGCAGCUGGAUCCACGUUGCGGCGGCUAUAGUAUACGUGCUCGAGAUAUAAGGCGUGGAUAAUACCAGGGAGGUAGCCCAAAACCGUGAGAAGGAUAUUGACACACAGAUCGACGUUGCACCCGGAGAUCAAAAGGAUAC